AAAUUGCUAGCACUUGUGUUGUUGGGUGAUUAUAUUAUAAUUAUGACCUCUUUGUUAUCGGGUCAGCGUCGACCACAUCGAUGUUUGUUUGGUCGUCCACAUCGAUCACGUUUGGUCUAUCUGUCGCAAUUCCGUAGUCACCAAGUGGGUAGUCGCUUGGUGACUUCUGAUUACGAUUAUUCCGUCGCAUCCCCACAUAAAUAUAUACACAGCCGUAUACAAGUAAAUCAAUAGAAUAUUUAACGCAACAUGGGAGUACUUGUUAACUGCAAUACGCGUGUGGUCAUUUUUUGUGUUUUUUCACUGGUGUUUACGAUUAUAAACUGAGCAUAUGACUUUCAUAACAUCAUGAAGGAAAGAUGAAUAACUAAAAAUAUAUAAAUAGAUUUUGAGAGGAAAAAACUUUAGUAUUAAUGAUAACACCGUGACUUCAAUUUGAAAACAAGAAAUGUGACAUGAAGCGAAAACUUUCAUUAUGGAAGUCAUUAUUUUUUGUUAUUGAUGCCAAUUUACAAGAACAAAAAUCGUAAUUGUUGAUUGAAUGCUCGAAAAAAACAUUUUUCCCUUUAAAAGAAUAUAAAAAGACAUAAAUUCUUUGUAAAGUUUGUUAUCAAGUAUGGAAACUUCAUAAUCCAACAAUUUAAAUAAUCACUGCUACCUGCUACAAAUAUUAAGCUAGAAAAAAGCUACAAAACAUUCCAAACGAAUACAAUGUGAUAAAUGUACCGCACGGUUUAUGUACGAACAAUACGAUUAUGUACGUUAUCACAAUUGUGCGAAUAAAAUGUCAAAUACAUGGAAGAAAGCACGUUCAGUAUUAAUCUAGACAAAGUAUAUGUACUCUAUUACCGUGUAUUAGUGUCAUAUUUCUGUAAAGGCAUUCUGGAAUUGUAUUGGUGCCAUAUAUAUAUAGAUUAUCGACUAUAGAAAAUCGUCAUUCACAUUUUGUAAAGGCAUUAAUUAUAACUCAAAUUGAAGAUUCUAUAUACGAGUAAUUUGUUGAUUAAAAACAUUUUUGAAAUUGAUUUAGUUUUUUUUAUAUUUAAUAUUAUUUCAUAGAACCCAAUGAAUCAAAAUUUGCAUCAUGGAAUUAUUUACGGAGAAAGUGAUCCUCUAUUUCGGAAGUCAUGCGUUAUUUUUAGUGAUCAGUAUUGCUUAGCACCGGCAUCACUGCUACUCAAUUCAUUCGAAAACAUUCGAAAUGAAGUCAAUACUUCUGCUGAUUUUGAUAUCCUAAAAGACUUGAAAUUUAACCGGAUUAUUGACUCAAACGCAAGUCAACGUUAUCAUUGCUUGGCCAAGUAUAAUUAUAAAAUCGUUUAUGAGCACAAUGAUGUCCUGUAUAAAUCAGACGCGACAAUUUCAAAGAUAUUUAAGUGUCGUAACAUUUGGAAUUCAUUCAACGACAUUUUACGUAAUUUCGUUGCACGUACAUCAGCAAACAAUGAGAGCAAUAAUUUGCAUAAACUUCUUCUGUCAAGCUUCAUAAUAUUUAAAAUGAGAGUAAAAGAUGAAGCGAAUCUAGGUGAUAACAGUUCAUCUCUGGUAAUAUUCAAUGAUAUAACGAAAAGUGUUUUCAAAAAAGGACCACAGCACCAUUGUGAAAAACUUCCUAUGAAUGUUAUUCGUAAGCUUGAAAAUAUUGAAUCGAUUUCCACUCCAUUUGGGAAUGAGUGUUUUUUAAAUACCAUUAAUGUGGGUCGGAUUGCGAAUAUUUUUGGUGACAACAAAUGCUUGAUGGUUGCAUCAAUGCCUUUAGUCAAUGGAUGUGAAGGAGGGGCCGUUUAUAACAAGGAUAAAGAUUUAAUUGGAAUCGUGGUCAGUACCACUUUUGAUUGGAACAGCGAAAAUGCGACUUUAACACUAGUAGCUAAAUUCAAUGAAAUUAUGGCCGAAUUUGUUGAACAAAGCAAAUUAACUUCAAUUAAUAUUGAAAACGAAUAUAACAGCUGCAACAACGUCAAAUAUAUAAAUAACACAAAAGUGAAUUGUAAAGCUUCGAAUUGUGUUAGCAAAGAUUCAUACAAGUUUGAAAAUUUCAUCGUGUUGAUACAAAGUGCAGACAGCUGGGGCAGUGGUUGUUUUGUCCAAAUCAAUGAAGUUCGAAUGAUCAUCACUUGUGCUCAUGUAUUGGAGAAUCAUGAUGGGAAUGUACGUUGCACUUGGAAGUUUGGUCAUUUUGAAAGCAAAAUUAUUUUCAAAAAUCCACACUUUGACCAAGCUUUUGAUAUAGCGAUUUUAGAAGCGCCACCAAAUGUUCCCGAACUGUAUUUCACAAAGUGUUAUACAAUACCUACGAAAAUUGGCCAAACGGUGUACUCAUCAGGCUUUCCACAUUUCACCAGUUUGGGCAAAGUACACGACUUUUUUCCAAGCAUUUUUGAAGGUCGAAUAACAAAGAUUUCUAAAGGUGUGAUAUUCAGCGAUGCUAGUGUGCAAAGUGGGCAAAGUGGUGGGCCAAUGUUCACAGAUGAUGGUCAUUUGAUCGGUAUCACCGUAUCGAAUUCAAAAGAUGAUGCUUAUCAGCUGAUUUAUCCUAACAUUAAUAUGUCAGUACCAGUUUAUGAAAUUUUUCCAAUUCUCCAACAAUAUGGAAAAUCAAAGGAUGAAAGACACUUACAAAACUUAGUGGCAAAUAAAGAAGUGAAAAGCGUUUGGGCCCUAGAAACACCAAAAAUACUAUGCAAACUGUAAAAAUAAGCGAGGAGCAAUAAAAAAGUGGCAAGAGCAUCGAGAGCUACAGUUACCUGAAAAGACUAAAAGACUAGAUUAAAAUAAUGUGAUCAUUUUUUUGUUAUUAUCAUUUGUAAAAAAAUCAUAUAAAAUUAGUUAUUAUGUCUCAAAAUAUUUGUUAAUUUUAAAUAAAGAAAAAUUAAAGCUUUUAAAA